UUGCAGUGUGCAGUAGUGUGUCACUUAAUUACUGCCCUCCUUGCUUCAUGCCCCCCACGCCCCUUUGGUUAAGAUGGCCAGCACUCGUCACAAUUCUGCAGGCGCUGCUAAAGCACACCCACCAAAAAGAGGAAUAAAAGAUGGGCUGAUAACACCUUAUUAUCAGUCUGUGCUGUGAACACACAAACCCAGAAACCAGCGCAACCAUAGACUUUGGGAGAAGGGAGAAGUGAACAGCUCGGCAGACAUGUCUCUGGAGUGGUUGAGCUCUGCUGUGGGGACUGCCCUUGUGUCCCUGCUCUUGUGUCAGUGUCUCCUCCCUGUGCUGUGUUCGGAGGAGGACAUGGACACAGAGUGGAAGGCAUGGAAGAGGAGCUUCGGUGUGUCCUACAGUGAGACUGAUGAUAAUGAACGUAGGGUCAUCUGGGAGAGUAACAUGAAGCUAAUCGAGGAAAACAACGUGCACUUCUUCAGAGGCACCAAGAAAUUCAGUAUGGCCAUGAACAAAUAUGGGGACCUGAACAGAAAUGAGUACGGGAGGCUGCAGGGCACCAAGAUCGACGCUCGGAGCAUCAGCCGCGGGAAGCACGUGUCCGCCCGGAAGCUCCGCGUAGCCGGCAAGAAAUCAAAGAAAUUCAGUUUAGACUACAGGAAAAUGGGCUACGUCACCCGUGUCAAGGAUCAGGGCUUCUGCGGCUCAUGCUGGGCCUUCAGCACUACGGGUGCCAUUGAGGGCCAAAUGUACAAGGAGACGGGACGGCUGGUGCCUCUGAGCGAGCAGAACCUGGUGGACUGCUCCCGGGCCUACGGGACGUUCGGCUGCAGUGGGGCCUGGAUGGCCGAUGCCUAUGAGUAUGUGCUGAACAAUGGGCUGCAGUCCGAGGCCUCCUACCCCUACACUGCUGAGGAUACCCAGCCCUGUUACUAUAACAGCAGAAAAUCUGUGGCCAGGAUCCGAGAUUAUAGGUUUAUUCCUGCUGGGGAUGAGCAGGCCCUGGCUGAUGCCGUGGCAACGAUAGGCCCAAUCACGGUAGCCUUGGACGCAGACCACCCCAGCUUCAUGUUCUACAGCUCAGGAAUCUAUGAGGAACCCAACUGUAACCCUAACAGCCUGAGCCAUGCUGUCCUGCUGGUGGGAUAUGGAACUGAGGGGGGAAAGGACUAUUGGCUGAUCAAGAACAGCUGGGGUACUGGAUGGGGAGAAGGUGGCUACAUGCGAAUGAUCAGGAAUGAAAACAAUGCCUGCGGCAUCGCCAGCUACGCUCUCUACCCCAUCGUUUGAUGGCUGCUACUGCUGCAGGCACUGGAACCUACUGCUCCUCUCAGGGACUCCUGAUGCUUUUAGUGGUGGAUCAGCUAUCAGGGAAACGCAUUACAGUAUAAAUCAAUCAGAUCAUGUCCAGUGGAUGAAUUAAUUGGCCACUGCCUACCUAAAACACCAUGUUGCAAAGUCCUGGUAACCUAUUGACUUAUUUAUACCCAAUUCCAUCAGUGUCACAAGGGGAGAAAAAAAAAUAUUCUUUUAUAUUUAGUUAUUGUUUAUCCCAACAUAUUGUCCCCAGCAAAAAAAAAAAAAAAAAAAUUGGCUUAUCUUGGCUGUUGUGCAAACAAGCAGGAAAUGGGCUGGUGAAACAAAAUAGAUCAUUUGGAUUUCUUGCUAUCUUGUCUUUAUUUUUUUUUAACAAUUGUCUCCCUAUGGUAAAGACUUGGCUUAGUUUCAUCAUUAAUAUACAACUAUUGUUACAAAACCAACCAUAAUUUCACAUCCCAUUAUUGUUAUCACAUAAACACCAAGCCUGGUUAUUAAAUGGUUCUUAUUUAAGGGAGAAUUGUCACCUAUUUCUUAAAAUCUAUGUAA